GGUUAGUUCAGUUCAAGACCGGCCCGCGUACGCGCAGGCGCCGCGUUCGAUUCUUUUUUUGAAACAAAACAAUCAAGAUAAUAUUAUAAUAUUUCUCCCAUGUGCUGUGUGAACUAGUGUAUAAUAUUCUGUGCAUGUGGAUUUGAUGCUGUUAGUUAUAUUUCUGUGAUACACAUCGGAGUCCAGUCAAGUUCAUUGUCAUUUCGGUUAUCUUGAUUCGAAAACUGAAGCAGUAGACCAGUCAGCAUGCGCGGGGUGACGUGAAGCAUGGCUUCGGACGCGCGCCCGCGUUCGCCGGAAGAUGGCGUCCGAAGACGACGUGACUUCAGGUCGCCGUACGUGACGCUGGGCGCGGUGCGCUACUCCGUCCGCCGCGCCCCGCCGCCGCGCGCCUGUCCCUGCCGCUGCUGCUCCGAGGAGGCGGUGGCGGCGUGUCUCGGCCGGGCCAAGCCCGAUCGACGCACGCUGGAGCGCCUGCAGCGCCGCCUGGGCCGGGGCGCGCGCGAGGAGCGGCCCUCGCGCCACCAGCGACUGCGCGACCUCACCGAGCGGCUGCUGCCGCGCUCGCAGCCCGCGCCCGCCUCGCCGCCACCUCCGCCACCGCCCCCACCGCCGCCGCCGCUGCCGCCGCCGCACACGGCGCCCGUGCUGCCGCCGGUGCCGCCGCCGCGCUUGCGGCACCGGCACAGCCCGACGCGGGGCCUGUCCGUCGACAGGUACGACGACUUCGACGCCGACAACAUCACGCUCGUCCGGGUGGAACCGCGAUCCAUAGUGGGGUCUUACGCGCAAAAGACUAUACCGUACAGGAGCGCGUCGUUCUCGCAGGGCGACUUCGCCCAGGACAAGCACUACCGGCGGAAGCCGCCCUCGAUUUUCGAUUUCGGUAAACGCGUCGCGAAAAAGGACGAUGAGGUGCAGCGAGCGUCCCUCGGGGCCACCGAGGAGAACGUCACGGAGGGCGGGUCGGUAGCGUCGGUGGACUCCGCGGUCGGCUCCGACGAGGGCCUGUUGGUGAACGCAGCGCCGGCGUCGCGCACGCAGCCGCCGGAGACGGCGCACAAGCAGCUCAGCGCGCGCUCGCUGACGCACCCACUGCCGCGGCGCGCGCCGCCCGUGCGCGAGGAGGGGCCGACGGAGGCCGGCGGCAGCCUCCCGGCGCUGAUGACCGCGCGCGUACUCCACGAGCUUCGCGAGGAGAGCGACGGCUCGCAGGCGGACAGUGCGCAGGCGCACAGCGAGGGGACCUCCCCCGUCGAGCCCACCCAACCUUUCGCCUUCCCGCCGCUCCCCGAUCCCCCGCCGAACGCGUGCGCUAACGUGGACUGCGAGUGCUCGAAUCUGCCCGCCUGCGAGACGUCGAGCGACGAGCUCGACCAGUCGAUCCCGGUUCCGGUGUAUGAGUGUAUAGUGAAACAGUGGUCGAAAGAGUUACCUUCGGACGAUACCCCGCGCUCGGACGCCGCGUCCGACGCGUCGCUAGAUCGGGACAAGGAGGACGAGACGAUAACGAGCGAGCAGGUCGCGAGUUUACUCGCCGCCGUGCAGAACCCCUGCACGCCGGCCCCGGUCUGCGCGAGGGAGCGCCGGAGGCCGCUGGACAAGACCAAGAGACGGAAAGGGAUCUACAUAACGACCGCGAGCGACGACGGGGGCGAGGAGGAUCCGCCCUCGGUGAACGGAUGCAAACGAGAGAGCAGCGACGCCUCCCUGUCGGACAUGCGGCUCUCCGCGGAGGCCCGGACAUCGUCGCUGCUCGGAGAGAAGUCGGACGACUCGUGCACCAACGGGCCGCCGAGCCCGAGCGAGUCCACCACCAACUCGCUGCGAGAGAGGCUGGCCGAGGAGCUGGCGUCGAGACGGGCCAUGUUCUGCCAGCAGAGCUCCGACGAGAGGGACGACGAGGUGUACCGGGUCCGACGAAAGUACGGCGUCGUGUCGCGCGGGGACUCGCCCUCGGAGCCGGAGAGCGACCCGUGCUCGCGCGACCGGACGGCGUCCCCGUCGCCCUUCAGCCCGGACUCGUCGGACGUGGAAGCGAGGAGAAGCGUCGCGCGGGCCCCUUUCGGCCGGAACCUGGAGGCGCCGUGCAGCCGGGCGGCCGACGUGGGGCGCAGGAGCUUCUCCGACGCGACGGUGCCGAGCAGGAAGAUCAGUGCGAGUGCAGUGCCCAGUGCUACUCGAACCCGCGGCCCCACCCACGUGCGGGCCACGUCGUCUCCGUCCAAGCUGGCCGGCGUGAAGCCGGGUACGGACCUGCUGGCGGAGCUCCUUAGGGGCAGCUCCGAGGCGCUGUCCAACUCCUCGACGUUCGACAACGUCAUCCUGACCCUACACCAGCAUAACGACACGCGGACGCACGUGGUGGUGGAGCUGUACGAGACAGAGAAGUCCUACGUCGAGGCGCUGGAGAUUUUAGUCAAGAAAUAUCUCCAACCGCUGAAGAGCCCGGAGAACACGGGUCUGCUGGACUCGCUGACGGUGGACGAGAUCUUCUACCAGGUGCCGGCCAUCCUCAACCUGCACCAGGUGUUUCUGGAGCAGCUGCGCCGCCGCCUGGAGCUGUGGGACCUGCAGCAGCGGGUCGGCGACGUGUUCCUCGAUGUUUUUACAAAACCCACCGUAGUCGACACAUACAUGUCGUUUAUAUCUAACCUGAAGAAGGCGAAGGCGUUGAUAAAAAACGCGGCAAACUCGCGGCCGGCGUUCGCGAAAUUCCUGGACGCGAGAGCGAGGGACCACAAGGGGAAGCUGUCUUUGGACAACCUGCUCAUCAAACCGGUGCAGAAGUUCCCCAGCUACAAGUUGCUGAUACAGAGGCUUAUAAAACAUACAGACCAAUCGCACCCCGACCACAAGCUGCUGCUAGAAGCUCAGAAGGAGAUCCACAGCCUGCUGGAAUUGAUCAACUGCACGGAGCGGGAGAGCUUGGAGUUGGAGCAGCAGCAGCAGACCCUGAGAGAGCUCGAGCAGAUCAUAGAAGGUCUCUCAAACUUGGUGACAGCGGAGCGGACGUUCAUCAGACACGAGAUGGUGACGAUGCCAUCAGUCCAAGGCACCAUCAAGGACCGGGCGAUAUUCCUUUUCAACGACAUACUACUCAUCACCAGUGUUAAGAGAAGAACGGGCACCAUUAAGAAACCCAUUCCAACAUACCAAAGUAGUAUUGCGAGUCAAAUGGAAGGCAACAAGUACAAACUUCUCAUGAGGAUAUCGCUAGCUGAUCUCGAAAUUGUUAAAGCUAAAGACGAAAACAUCCGCAAGGCGCUCCACGAGGUGGAGAUACUGACGGCUGAUCGGAACAAGAUGAUGGUGAUAUCGGAGCACGUGGCGGCGCUGCACACGCCUCAGGUGCAGCUGGAGGAGGUGGUGCGGGAGACGCUGCAGGCGCUGAACCGCCGCCUGGCCGACACCACCGCCGACAGCCAGCUGUGCUGUAUGGAGCUGACCGUGCCCACCGCCGGACCUGAAAAUCUCACAGUAAUAUUCACAAAAACUGAAAAGCGAAGCAGCUGGGAAGAACUAAUAAACGACACCAAACAGAAAUUAUGUAUAUACGGCACGGAGCGUACGCCCGAGUUCCUAUCACCGGUGCCCAUACGUAAGACGCGAGCCGGACUGCAGUUCACCUGCGCCGCGUCCACGCUACCGCCUAAGGGGCAGUCGCCAGAUGUAUGGGUGUGCAACAGCGACGGCUACGUGGGGCAGGUCUGCGUGCUGACGCUGUCCCCGCGGCCGCAAGUGACGUCGUGCAACGGCGUGUGCAACGCGCGCAUCCUGUGCGUCGCGUGCGUCCCGCCCGUGCCCGCCCCGCCCCUCACCCGUCAGCAGACGCUCGACAUACCGAGCACAAGUUCGCUGAACAGCAGCAGUUCUCUGAAGCCGGGCAUCAGCAUAUCGGACCACGACGAGACCUGCAAGAACAUGCGAUUAGAUAGUUCAUCAUCAAGCGACGAGGACGACGACGGCUCAUCCAGCGAGAACCAGGAUGCGCACUCAGAGAAGUCAGAAAAGACGCGCCUCACUCCGAACCACAGCAAGAGUCUGAGCACGCCGCACACCGGACAGAUACAAGUGCAUCCAGUCAUGAAGUCCAGCUCCAAUCCCGCUGUCGACAAGCAGGCUAUGGGUAUAACAUCCGUGCCCGGACGUAUUAUGGCUGGUACCCUCUCAUCGCCCGCGAGUCGUCAGUCCUCCGAGGACAGUAGCACCGCGAACCAGCCUACAAUGUGGUUGGGCACGGAGGACGGCUGCAUACACGUCUACAACUGCCUCGACAACAUCCGGAUAAAGAAGAACAAGGUGAAGCUGCAACACAAUUCCGGCGUGCAUUCCAUUGUGUAUGUGGAGGGUAAAGUUUUCGUUGCGCUUGGGAACGGUGAUCUUGUGGUGUACUGCAGAGACAUUGACGGCACAUGGGCGGAGCGGUGUACGCUACCAGUGGGCAGCAACAACACGCCGGUUAGCGCGAUGCUGCUCGCUGACGGGCGACUGUGGUGCGCGACGCAGGCGCUCAUCAAACUCGUCAACCCGCAUACGCUGCAGGUGGAGGAAACAUUCCAAAUAAACAGCGAGUCCAAGACCAUCAGUCACAUGGCGGUGGCGGGCGGGGCGCUGUGGCUGGCGCUCGCGAACGCGGCGUCGCUGAGAGCGUACCGCGCGACGCGACGCGACAGCGCGCGCGAUGUUACGCCCCUGACGCCAUUAGCGGAUAUCAACCUUACGCCGCACGUCACUAAGAUGUUACAUGGGUGCGACGACAUAAUCCGACAGCACAAGGCGGCGUGCCUGCGCGUGACGGCGCUGCUGGCGCACCGCGACCUGCUGUGGGUGGGGACGAGCGCGGGCGUGCUGCUCACCGCGCCCAUGCCGCGCGCGCCCGCCCGCGCCUUCACCGUGCCGCAGAUCACGGGUGUAAUGUACGGGCACACCGGCCAUGUUAGAUUCCUGACGAUCGUCGAAAAUCCGGUGCCGCAGAAACCGUCGAAGCCUGCGCAGUCGUUGAAGACUAAAGCGCUGAGCCGACGGUCAGCCAACGCGGAGAAACUACAGAAGCAGACAGAAAACGCACAGAUGACUAAAGAGACUUUAAUCAUUUCUGGGGGCGACGGCUACGAGGAUUUCCGGAGCUCGUCCUCAACUGAGGACGCGGGCAGGGAAGACUCCACCAACCAUCUUCUAUUCUGGCGAGUGUGAACCGGCCUACAGGGUAUGAUCACCGGUUUUGUUCUUAUCGACAGCGCUGCUGGUUAAGUUGUUCGAUAAUUCCGAUUAUUGUUUCUAGCUUACACUCGGGUGAACCCCGACGGCCUAAGUCAGUACAAACCUGACGGUUAUUUAAAGCCUAUUUUUGUUGAAUAUUUUUGAAUGAUUCUUACGUAAAGAUUGAGAUUAUUAAUAUAAGUUAGGGCAUUAAAUGUCGUUUAUUUGCCAUAAAAUUAUAUGCAGUAUUAUGGGUGUGAGAUGUCUGGCCGCCUGAUUCGUGACUAUCUUUAUAUCGAAAGUUUUAGAAAUGUUUACAUGUACCUAUCUAAUCAUAUCAGAAUAGAUUUUAUGUCCAUAUAUCGCUGUUUAAUAGUUGUCACACUAGCGUGUAAAUGUUUAAGAUAAUUUAAAACAGAAGUUCGAAAUCCAGCGAAGUUGACUCGACGAAUUUACCGAAGCAUCCGUUCGAAAUUCAAUAUAUUUUUUGAGGUUAUUAUUUUGAUCGAGCGAGAAUGAAACUUUGAAAUAGUCAUGUCGAUUUUGAUGUUUCUUUAAGAGAGCAAAGUUUCAUAGUCGUCUCUGGGAGUCAACUGUAAUUUAUCCUAUAGGAACCCUGCCAAUAAAAUAUGCUUAUAAUAUUAUGUAUAUCCUCAAAGGAGCAUCGUAACGAACGAUAGAAAUCAAGAAAUUGAUUGCUCAAAUGAAAUUCUCAAAUGUUACCUACCCCAAAACUAAAUUGUAAGGUGAUGUACGUUUGUCAUUGGACGAUGUAGGUAUCCAUAUUUGUAAAACAGGCAAUUAAAAUAUUGCAC